GCCACGUCAGCAACCAAUCACCGCAGCAGCAGGUCACGUCAGUGCAUGGUGCUCACUCGCUCAAAGACAAGCGGCAUGGACCAACAACCGGGAGAGACUAUCGAGGCCUAUGAGACCCGCAUGCUGGACAUGGUAGUAGAGUUCAAGCAACGGGCAGCGGCAGCAACAUCCGCACGUAAGAAGGAAGAUGAGGAAGCAGAGGAACAGCGUCGCCUCGCUGAACAACAGCGACAGAAGGAUGCCAAGGCAGCAAGGAAGGCCGCAGACGAACGCCGUCGACUACGCCGAGACAAAAUCCUCGAAUCCGAGGGGGACAUCGAGGUGAUCGCCGGCGAAUGGGCAGUGGCUGCUGAAGAGGAUGAUGCCCCCCCUGCUGUGCGUGGCCUUGCAACCACAAUCGAACAUGUGAGCGUCUUGGUCGCCACCUGUGCAGCACAGCAAGAGGACAUCCUCUGCGUGGACACCCUGGUCCGGAAGCAGGCUCGACUUGUCGACGAAUUGCUUGACCAGGUACGCCGGCUGGAACAGCAGCCUACAACAGCCACCCCCGCCGGACCCUCCAACUUGAUGGACCGCGUCAACAUCUUGGAAAUCGACGUCGGGACUCUCAAGGACGGCGCUCUAGCGACAAAUCAACGGAUUGACCAGCAGAUUUGUGCCGCCGCAGCCAGUCCGACCGCGACUACUAGCGAGAGCAUCCCAAAGUUCGACGGCCUGCCGAUCUUCUACGAUGCAGCGAAGACGGACCCGAUUGCAUGGUGACACCAGUUCGAGUUGAAUUAGGACAUUCACCAUGUCAGCAACCCGAACCGGCAUGCAUACUUAUACU